CUUCCUCGGAUGAAAUUCUAGCCUUUCCAACUCCCUCCAAUUCUUACCUAAGUGCCUACCAACAAACACACCAAACACACUUCUUUACAAAUUCACCACUUACACAUAUACGCAUAAGCAGACAAAACACAAUAAUCGACACAUCACAUACAACGUAGACAAAUAUACCACACCCAGGCUUACAAAAAUGCCGGCAACAAACAUCCUGCUUGGCAAAACAGCCAUCAUAACAGGGGGAACUACAGGCAUAGGUCGAGCCAUUGCCCUCGAAUACUUGCGACAAGGAUGUAAUGUCGUCGUAAACCACCUCGGCCUCGAGCGCGACCAGCCACACCUCGACUCCUUAAUCGCCGAAGCCGAAGCCCUCAAGACACCUAAGGCGGACCAAAUCACAGCGACAGCAACAGGAACAAUAGGCACCCUAGACCACCUCGCCGGCGACGUCUCCGACCCUACCACUGGCCCCGCCCUCGUAGCACACGCUGUAUCCCGCUUCGGACGCCUAGACAUUUGCGUGAGCAACGCAGGAAUAUGUCAAUUUGCCGAAUUUCUCACAUUAUCCGGUGAUCUGUGGUCGCGCACGGUACGCACGAAUCUCGACGGCGCAUUCUACGUAGUACAAGCAGCGGCGCAACAAAUGGCAUCCCAAGAACCUCUCACCACUUCCUCCUAUUCACAACAAAAACACCGCGGUUCUAUAAUUGGAUUGAGCUCUAUAUCCGCAUUAGUAGGCGGUGGUCGACAGACACAUUACACACCCACAAAAGCUGGUGUAUUAUCGCUGAUGCAAAGCUGCGCGGUCGCUCUCGGGUCGCACGGAAUCCGGUGCAACGCGCUGCUGCCGGGGACGAUUCGGACGCAGUUGAACGACGAGGACCUGGCGGACGACGACAAGCGGGCGUACAUGGAAGGUCGGAUACCGUUGGGGCGCACGGGAGACCCGCGGGAUAUGGCCGGGCCGGCUGUGUUCCUUGCUUCGGAUGAGCUGAGCGGGUAUGUGACGGGCUCGCAGCUAUUGGUGGAUGGAGGGUUGUUUGUUAAUUUGCAAUGAGCAUAUUUACUUGCCUACCCUCGCCGCACCCUUCGGUACCUGAGGUAGGUAAUAAAAAGGCAUAUAAAUACCUAGAUUUGUACAUACUUGACAGCCUCUUCGUUGCAAAAUGGCUGACAAAACAACAAAAAACAAGCGAAUGAACUUAUUGAAACCGGUCAACUCAUCCUAUCUACCAUCUACCAUCCACCACCAUCGGAUCCGCGGGCCCUUUUCCCUCCCCGC